AAGACAAUAGAAUGCUACAAAAAGUAUGUUGGAGACGCAGAACCAAAUGAUCAACUCCAGAAAGCCUUCCACAAAGUUAAACAAAAACUGGCUGUCACUUCUCCGGGAGUACUUUCAUGUCUUGAAAGAUGCACUAGAUCAGACACCAAGGACAUUGCUGUAUGGUGGAAAGAAAUCUGCCAACACAAACAUUCUGCUACACAUGCCUUACUCAACUACGUUCUGGCCAAUAUCAUGCUGAUAAAUAUGAAAGAACCUCCGUCCAGCUCCGACUACCAAAGCAGCUUUACAGAGAAAAUGCCAUUGGCUCCUGAGAUGCAACCCGAGUUUCACAUGUUAGCUCUGCUGUUGUGUUGGCCUACAGAUGGUGAAGACGAAUUGGCCUCUGACCUCCCUCAUUUAAUCCAAAAUAUUCUGCAUUCCUAUGAACAAGAAUAUAAGUCACUCUUUCGGUCAAGGUACCUUCGACCCAUAUUUUUUCUUGGACCGGGUCAGGGUCUGAACAGACUUGUUCACAGACGCAACCUUGAAAUCUUGUGGACCCAAGAUGCACUGAAAGCCUCAAACACAAACUGGAGGAACGACGAUAUUUUCAGAAAUCCAACAGUCAAAGACAAACUUCUCAGGGUUAAAGGGGUGGUGAGAAAUUACAGGCUGUAUGCAACAUUUGGCAGCACAGAGAUCAAGUUGGAUGUUAACCAAAAAGACAGCCUCUGGAACUCAGGCCAUGUGUUCUUUUAUCUUGGAUUUACAAUCAGUGGUCCUGUUGCUUACAACGUUCACAGAAGAACUGAGGAAGAAACUUCUGAGAGACUUCUGAAAGCUUUUGGCAAUGAAAUGGACUCCAGUCCGUGGACGAAGCUGAAACCUGAAGUCCAGAUAAUGGAGGAGGUUCAUACUUACAGCCUGCAGUCUGAAAGUGGCAAAUAUGAAUGCAGCGAGUCUGCCUUGCAGUGGGUUUGUAAGGAAACCGUCAGCUUCAGAUACCAGUUUAGCUCAUGGGAGCGAUUCAUGAGGAAACCUGUAUGCAUGGACUACAUACCAGCAGGACCCCUAAUGGACAUCAAAGUCACAGAUGGGAAGCUAGAGGAAGUCCGUCUGCCGCACUGGAUCUGUACAGGUGAAAAUGCAGCGAUGUCAGACAUAUUUCGAGUUCUGCAUGUGGACAGCAGUGGAGGUUAUUUGGAGCAAGUGUCUGAAAUGACAUCAUCCCAUGUGAAGUUAAACAAGCUGGAGUUCUCUCUAAGAGGAGCCAUGAUCCUAAAGAAACUGGGCCUAUAUCUAAAAGUUUUUGCUGAUGUCUUGAUAUACAUGCAAAUCACAUCUGGCCUCACUCUGCACGUUUACCUGGUCCCACGUGAUCCUCUAAUACAACAGGAAGUGGAGAAGAAGGAGAAAUCUGACGGAUUCAGAAAAAUCCGAAAGACAAGUCCUGUUGACCCUGUACAGCUGGAGAGUUAUUUCUACCUCUCAACAGACUGGGACACAGCACAAAUCUGCCCUGAGAAACAGCAGUUCAUGUUGGAGUGGAGCGACACUAAUUUCUUUGAGGUGGUCAUUGGAAAUGUGAAAAGCGACUUCGGAAACAUGAAACUGAAACUUGAAGUUGAGCGAAGGGGAGGAAAGGAAAAGGACACCGUGUGGACGUGCGCUAUCGGAACAGAUGACUAUUAAGCACAAGUAUUCACCAAGAACAGG